GAAAGAAUUCUGUUGAACUCCAUGGUUCAUUGGCAUUGCUGCUUGGUCUUUCCUUCCUUCCUUUGCGGACAUGGCGAGUCCCGGCGACAACGAGCACCAGUCGAAGAACCGGAAAAAGAAGGCGGCGAUCGGGAAGGAAAUAGGCGGGAGGUGGCCGCUUAUCAAGCCGAAGAAGGAUCUCCAGAUCAACCGCCUCAAGGGCACCAAUUUGUUCACGAUAGCAAACUUCUUCAGUAGCAUUGAGUCAAAGGCCUACGUGGAAGCUGCAGAAUCUUUUGGCUUUAUUCACCAAGGAAGCCAGGGUCCAGCUAAAGGCGAAGCUUUUAGGGAUAAUGAUCGCAUGUCAGUUACUGAUCCUUUACUCGCUGAAAUCAUUUGGCAAUCAGGCUUGAAAAGAGUGUUUGAUGAUAUCAAGCUCCAGGGGAAGGUUGCCGUCGGUCUGAAUCCAAAUAUACGUUUUUACAGAUAUACAGUGGGGCAAAGGUUUGGUCGGCAUAUCGACGAGAGCGUUGAUCUCGGAGGAGGGCAAACAACCCAAUAUACCCUACUAAUAUAUCUUACCGGAAAGAGCAGCAAUAAGGAUAAAUCCCUGCAAUCUUUGGUUGGAGGUGAAACUGUUUUCUAUGAUCAAGGAAGAGGGAUUGUUGCAGAGGUUGCUCCAGUAGAAGGAAUGGCACUUCUCCACAUCCACGGACACAAGUGCAUGCUCCAUGAAGCUCGUACCGUAAUGAAAAACACAAAAUAUGUAUUGCGCUCGGAUGUGGUCUUCGCUUGACGAGUUUGAUUUGCCUUUCUUCCUCUACUGCAACAAAUCCGUGUCAUGUUUUCAUUGUAGAAUCCGGAUUAGGUAAGCCAUGCGACUUUUGAGAUCAUUGAGGCUUCUUGACGUGUAGCUAACUCCUUCAUAACAAGGAGCAAUCGAAGAAAAGAAUGACAAUUAUUUUUGAUACCGUAAGUAUUUUUCCAUCCCCUCAAGUUAUUUGACAUCAUA